UAGUUAGAUCUGUGUUAAACACAAAAAAUGGAUUCCUCAGAAACCAAACCACUCACCAAAGAUACAUCAUCAGAGAAGUUCUAUCAUCAUCAUCAUUUCUCUGAUCCUCUGCCUGAUCAAAACCAUCCAGAAGCUGCAACUACCAGAUUCCUCAACAUUAUCCAUGAACCCUUUCAAUGGCUCAAUAUGUUAUGCAAAGAACUCAACACAACUUUUGUGAUUGGAGUUGUCUUAGUCUAUGGUGUAAGCCAAGGUUUCUCAGGUGCAUUCUUCAGGGUUGUCUCAGAUUACUAUUGGAAAGAUGUUCAAAGGGUACAACCCUCAGCAGUUCAACUCUUUAUUGGACUUUAUUACAUUCCAUGGUUGAUGAAACCCAUUUGGGGAUUACUCACAGAUGUCUUCCCUAUCAGAGGUUACCAACGCCGACCUUACUUCAUCAUUGCUGGUAUUCUUGGGUUUGCUUCAGCACUUACUGUUGCUGUUUCUGCUAAAUUAUCUGUUCUCAUGGCAUUGCUAUGCCUCAUUGGGGUUUCUGCCGGAGUAUCAAUCGCCGAUGUGAUGAUUGAUGCUUGUAUUGCAAGGAAUAGUAAAGAGAUUCCGGGAUUAGCGCCGGAUAUGCAGAGUCUCUGUAUGUUCUGCUCAUCUGUUGGUGCCUUGAUUGGGUAUUCCACAAGUGGCUUGUCUGUUCAUCACUUGGGGGCUCAGGAAUCAUUGGGAAUUCUAGCAAUGCCUGCUGUACUACUGGUGGCACUGGGUUUCUUCAUUUAUGAAUCCAGAAAUAAAAUCCCUUGUGAGCAGAAGAAGGCGACAGAGAAAGUAGGGGGAGCGAUGAUUGACAUGUACAAAGCCAUUAAGUGCCCUAAAGUGUGGAAACCUACUCUUUAUAUGUAUCUGUCUUUGGCCGUCAGUAUCAGCACUUCUGAAGGACAGUUCUAUUGGUUUACCCAAGCAAAAGCUGGCCCUCAUUUCUCUCAGGAGUUUGUUGGAGUGAUAUAUGCAAUUGGUGCAAUGGCCUCCAUUGUAGGGGUCUUAAUCUACCACAAGCUUUUGAAAGACUUUCCCUUCAGAAACCUGCUCUUCUUUGCCCAACUUCUCUAUGGCACCUCCGGCAUGCUCGACCUCAUCUUCGUCCUCCGGUGGAAUCUAAAACUUGGGAUCCCUGACUAUUUCUUUGUAAUCACAGAGGAAUGUGUAUCUAGAAUCAUAUCAAGGAUAAGGUGGAUGCCAAUGAUGGUGCUUAGCACAAGGCUUUGCCCUGUAGGGAUCGAAGGGACAUUCUUCGCCCUCUUGAUGUGCAUCGACAGUUUUGGCGGCCUCACAAACAAGUGGGGUGGUGGCCUGGUUCUUCAUGUGUUGCACGUAACAAGGACAGAUUUCACUAACCUGUGGCUUGCACUUCUCAUUAGGAACUUACUGAGAAUUGCAACAUUGGGUUUGAUAUUUCUCAUCCCUAAAGACGAUCAAUCAGAAAUUUUGAUUCCAUCAAACAUGUUGACAAACAAACCAACCGCAACUACAGAAGAAGAGGAAGGCUUGCAACUUGUGUCCAUGGAUGAAAAACUUGAAGCUUAGUAGUAUAUGUUUGUACAUUACAAGAUAUAGAGUUAACAAACAUCACUAGCCACAUCUGUGAUUUUUUUAUCAAGCAUUCCAGCCAAGAU